GAUGUUUUGGUCGAUUUCGUCGUAAUCUUCAACGUUAUUUCUGAAUUUCUGAUAGAGGUAAACAUUACUCGUGAAUAUUGUUUUUAGUAUAAUUUUAACAGCAUUAUGAACGUGAUUUGGUUAAAGUUUGAUCAAAUCUAGCGUCAUGACAAGUUCGGCUAUGUGUCGAUUUUGUAUGCAGCCGUGCGUAGCGAACAAGCGACUAAACGACAGAAACUUCCUUGAAAAGGCGCAGGAUAUUUUUGUCAUGAUGAUUAGGGUACCAAGAGGCCAGAAUUAUGCAGCGGCAACUUGUGAUAUUUGUUAUGAUAACAUAAAUGCGUACCACGAUUUGAAACAUGAUUUGAGGCGGAAAGAAGAUCAAUAUCGAAGAAGUAGUUCCGAAAAAACUCCAUUACGAAUAGAUCCCCUGCCAUUAGUUGUUAUUAAACCUUCGAGGAAAUCGGUUAUAAAGCAAUCAAGAAAAUCUAAGAAAAAAGUACUAGAUGCAAAACCAAAGCGAUCCCUGGUUAGGUUUACCAAAGAACAGCUGGCGCAGCGCUCUAAAAAAGAAUUAUAUUGGGAGCGCCGUAAUGUAAUAUGCGAGAUAUGUGGCAAAAAGGUGCAAGAUUCGAGAAUGGAAUACCACAGAAACCAUCACUUGGGUAUCAAGCCAUAUGCAUGCAUUGAACCUGAUUGUGACCAGGCAUUUCAUUGCAAAACGUCCAGAAGAGGCCAUGUCAGACGUACGCAUGCCAACGGACACUAUCCAUGUGAAAAAUGUGGUAAAGUUUUGAGUAACAAACUAACAUUGCGUUCACAUUCAUAUUUGCACAGGGAGAAACAGUUUGAAUGUGAACUCUGCGGGAUGAAAGUUCUGACCAAAUCUCGUCUGGAGUUGCAUAUGCGUGUCCAUACUCAAAGGCGAGACUUCAAGUGUCCACAUUGUCCAAAAUCAUUUUACGUGAACUCGGUACUAACGCUCCAUUUACGCAGUCAUUCAGGCGAAAGACCCUACUUGUGUCACGUUUGCCAGUCAGCACACUCGCACCGGAUAUUGUAUAUCAAACAUAUGCAAAAGUUUCAUCCAGGUGAAACAAUUUAUAAAUUGUGUGAUAUGAAAAAAAUAGCAACUUUUAAGCGUGAGAAUUGCAGUGUUUGAAGGUAGGUAAAUAUAUCAGUUUUCGAUACUACAAAGAACCACUGCUUUACUGUUGCGUGCGAAGAUUGAAGUGAACAUGAUGCAUGAUUGAUUUGGAAUAUAAUGCCUUGAAGUCGCAGGUUGGUUUAAUGGCUUCUGAAAUAUUCUCAUAAACAGGCAUGACUCUUAGUUAAUUUAUUUUUUACUCUCAAACAAUUAAUUCGAAUAUUGUUUUGAUUGAUUUAUAUUCAAUUUCAUUGUUUUUGUUAUUCGAAGUAAUUCUAUUUUCUGCGUUCAACAAUGCAUCCACAAACCCCUCAAACGAAAACUAGCGUUUGACUUCGAUUUAGUUGGAUUAUAGCCCAACUGAAACUUAGCCCAAUUAGACAUAGUCUUACGAGCAAAAACCGACUGUACCUAGGUCUUCUGAAAUCAAUAUUUUUCCUAAAAUUCUAGCGAUUCACGUUAAAUGCAAAAACCGUGUAAAGCUUCUAAAUUCGCAAAACCCUAAAACCCCUGUGAAAGCAAGCUAAG